UUUGUUAAGCUCUGUCCCUCCAGUAUGACUAGUUGUUGAGUUGAGUGGAGUCCCCUGCUCCCUCGACUUGUUUAAUGUAUUCAUUCUUUUGAAGUCUUUUAAUUUUGCGUGGGGAAGCCUGAAUAAGCAGGGAAAGUGAUUUGAAUGGAGAGCUGGCCAUCUGGCACAGAAGCUUAGAGCGCUGAGAGUUCACUCUACGUGCUUAUGUAGCCGGGCAUGUAGACACAAGAUGCUUGGCUGGCUGAUCAUAAAAGAGAAUAUUACAGAUGCUGUUGUAGAAAUGUCUUGUGGCAGCGGUGAGCCAUGUUUACCACGGUGCGAAUCCGGAUGGAAAAUAGAAAUAAGUAGACAGAAUCAAAACUAAGGAUGUCUGCUUCCCAGUUCUGCAAUAUGGAGUUUAGUCAGAUCAGAAGAGUAUUGAAUCAUCUGGAAUAUUCCACAGGUUCUGCGCUUUAGGGACCCGAUGGCCUAUUUGGUAGACAAGAUCUGAAUUAAGUUUGAAUAGAGGGAGUCUCUCUGGCUGAACUAUCAAAGGGCUCAGUGGUGGAAAGGGGAGCUCCAUGGAUCAAUAUCUAUCAGCUUGAGGAUUUUGUAAUUCAGCGGGAAGAAAGCGACUUCUCCAGUAGUCGAGCGCCGGUGAGGAGCCACAGAGGUAACCUCACUCUGCCAAAGAUCCCGGAAACUAAUAUGGCCUUCAGUGUUCUGGGAGUGUUUCUUGGACUGCUCCUCGAGGUCUCCACACACGGCCCUUCCAGUGGUCCCAGGACAUCUUGGAAACAUGAAGAUGUGAAUUUGGUGGAGUUCUCUGAGCCCGGCGUCUUUAACUACUCAACGCUGCUCCUGAGUGAGGAGAGGCAUGUGCUGUAUGUGGGUGCGAGGGAGGCCAUCUUCGAGCUCAGCAUGAAGGAUGUGUCUGUGAGGAAAAACAAGGUCAUCUGGAAAGUUCCAGAAACACACAUGGAAAAAUGCAUUGCAAAAGGAAAGUCAAAAGAGACAGAAUGUCUGAACUACAUUCGGGUUUUACAAGUCCUCAACAAAGACAGUCUGUACGUCUGUGGGACGCAUGCCUUCCAGCCCCAGUGUGACCACCUGACUUUAAAAGAUUUCAAGCUUCAGGAGAAGCAGGAGGAUGGGAGGGGGAAGUGCUCCUUCGAUCCUGCACAGAGUUUUACCACCGUCAUGGUUGAUGGAGACCUGUACUCAGGAACGGCCUAUAACUUCCUGGGGAGCGAACCCAUCAUUUCCAGAUACUCCCUGUCCCAGAGUCUGUUACGCACAGAGUACUCCACAUCUUGGCUUAAUGAGCCCAGCUUUGUGUUUGCUGAUGUCAUCAGAGAGGGCAAAAACAGUGCUGAUGAUGAAGACGAUAAGAUCUACUACUUCUUCACAGAGGUGUCUGUGGAAUAUGAGUUCUAUGGCAAGCUGCUGAUCCCCAGGAUCGCACGCGUCUGCAAGGGUGACUUAGGUGGCCAGAGGACGCUGCAGAAGAAGUGGACGUCCUUCCUGAAGGCCAAGUUGGUGUGCUCCAUGCCUGAGCUCAACUUUGUCUUCAACGUGGUUCAUGAUGUGUUCAUCCUAAAGACCCCAGACUGGAGGGAAACGGUCAUCUAUGGAGUUUUCACUUCUCAAUGGGGGAAUGUUGGCUUGUCAGCCGUGUGUGCCUACAACAUGUCAUCUGUGGAGGAGGUGUUCUCAAAGGGGAAAUAUAUGCAGAAAGCCACUGUGGAACAGUCCCACACAAAGUGGGUUCGAUACAACGGCAUCACCCCCAGUCCUCGUCCUGGAGCGUGCAUCAACAACCACAACCGUCUGCAGAACAUCAGCAACUCGCUGCAUCUCCCAGAUAAAACGCUCCAGUUCGUGAAGGACCACCCACUGCUGGAGGACCCAGUGCUGCCUAUUGGCAACGGCCCCAGGCUCAUCACCAAAGACGUCAACUACACGCAGAUCGCAGUGGAGAGGGUCACUGCCCUUGACAACAAUGUGUAUGACGUCAUCUUCACUGGGACAGAUAAAGGAGUCUUGCACAAAUCUGUGGUUUACGAGGGAGAAGUCCACACGGUGGAGGAAAUUCAGCUCCUCAAAAAUGCUGAAGCCAUUAAGACGUUGCUUCUGUCAACACAAGGGGCCAGGUUUUUGUAUGCUGGUUCGGACUCUGGUGUGGUGCAGUCGCCCACUGCCUUCUGUGAGAAGUACCCCACCUGUGGGGACUGCACCCUGGCCCGGGACCCCUACUGUGCCUGGGACCCCCAGACCUCCGCGUGUGUCAACAUAUUCCACAACCAGGAUGUCACAGAUCUCAGUCGUUUGAUCCAGAGCAUGACUGGUGACGCUGACAGAUGUCCCCCAGCCAGGAGAUCUGCACCCGAAGAGUACCAGGUCAUGGUAGUGAAGCCAGGGAGUUCAGCGGAGCUGCCCUGCCCCCUGCUGUCCAACAAGGCAGUGGCACUGUGGAGAGUUAAUGGUAGCGUCCUGACCGACGAGGCCUCCAAGUUCCACUUGCUGUCCGACACGGGGCUGCUGAUCUACAGCGUGGGCCCUGAGGAGCAGGGCGUCUACGAGUGCUGGUCUGUGGAACGGGCGGCCGGCAAGGACUUCAGCAGCCUGGUGGCAGGAUACAGACUUCGUUUGCCCGUGAAGCCGCGCUCACCUGGCCACCUCCCCCGCUCGUCGUCCUCCUCCGCAAGCACUUCUGCCACAGUCUCCUCCGGCGCUAAGCUGGCCAACGUGCCCACUGCACCUGCUGAAGGUAACGGUAUCACCUCCGGCCCCCCUCCACUAACAUCUGCCCUGCCCAGCUCCACCCAGCAAACCCCCUCAUUAACCCCAGCGCUCAGCUCAAGCAUCAGCCACACCGCUAGUGCCCUGCAGCCCAUGCCCCCCUCCAGUAACGCGCCGAGCACCAAGACGCUGGACCCCUCGGCCGAGUAUCUGCAGCACGACAACAGCAACGCCCUCCUCUUCCUCUUCCUGCUUUUCUUCCUGCUCUUCCUGGCUGCGCUGGCAUACAACUGUUACAUGCGGUACCUGCCAGCGCCAUGCCUACGGCUACGUGCCGCCCUGCUGGGCACGCAGAAGAAGGCGCAGCCCGAGUACGUGGCCUGCGAGGCGGGACUCAUGGAGACGACGGCCGAAAAGCCGGAGCUGACUGAGCAGCUGUUCCAGAACGGAGCUCAGUUGCGUGCCCUCCGUGACACCGGCUAUGAAACGGAACCUGAAUGUGGGAACUGCCAAAUUCCCUCGCAGGGUUAUGGUGAUGAGAGCCCCCCGAAAGAGAGGCCCUUUGAUGUGGACUGCGUGUCGCAGCCUAUUGAGUAUGCAGAUGCAGACUAGCUGUACGGAGUGCACAGACAUGUUGUGAGAGGGGAAAACCCAAAGCCCAUGUCAUUCCUCAUGAAAUUCAGGCAAAGAGUUCAGUUGUUGAGCAGUUAGUUGUCCCUCAUUUCAAGCUCAUUCACACACACAGUACGACUCAAGUUUAGUGAUCAGAAAUGUUCCACUAAAUCAUUUACACUUUCCCCCAAAACAUCCUCCUUCCCUUUCCUCUUGAGCUUGAUGCAAUAUGAAAAGUAUUUUAAAUUUUGUAAUAUAGAGCUUAGCUUUAAACUGAACAACCUGUGUAAAACCUUGUGCAUCUCUCUGCAAGACAACUCAAUUGAAUUCCAAAUUGGAAACAUGGUUUACCAAAUUGGUAAGUGAACUUGAUGUUUUCCAAAUUGGAGUAUGGAGUACUUCUUCUGUGUUUGUACAUCUUUAGAGGCUUCAUUUGAAAUCUAGGUUCAGUGUUUCUGUGUGUCAAUAGCCUACAUCAAAUUGUGACCGAUAUGAAUCAGUUUCCUCCAGACCGUGGUCCAUCACAUGUGGUAAACCUCAGGGAUGUUUGAUCAGACUUUGUUCUGGAACUUUACCAUUGAAUGCUUGGGCAGUUAGGGGAUGGGGGGGCCAACUUGAGGCCAAACGCACUGCCCAGAGGGGGGG